AAAAGCAUUCAUGCAUAUCAUCAACAUCAUCAUCAUCAUCAUCAUCAUCAUCAUCAUCAUCAUCAUCAUCAUCAUCAUCAUCAUCAUCAUCAUCAUCAUCAUCAUCAUCAUCAUCAUCAUCAUCAUCAUCAUCAUCAUCAUCAUCAUCAUCAUCAUCAUCAUCAUCAUCAUCAUCAUCAUCAUCAUCAUCAUCAUCAUCAUCAUCAUCAUCAUCAUCAUCAUCAUCAUCAUCAUCAUCAUCAUCAUCAUCAUCAUCAUCAUCAUCAUCAUCAUCAUCAUCAUCAUCAUCAUCAUCAUCAUCAUCAUCAUCAUCAUCAUCAUCAUCAUCAUCAUCAUCAUCAUCAUCAUCAUCAUCAUCAUCAUCAUCAUCAUCAUCAUCAUCAUCAUCAUCAUCAUCAUCAUCAUCAUCAUCAUCAUCAUCAUCAUCAUCAUCAUCAUCAUCAUCAUCAUCAUCAUCCUACGCUUCUGAGUUUUCA